CAAGGCGUAGAGCCUUCAAGUCCCUCCAAGCCCAACCUGUUGUCAGAGUGUUGGUGGCGCAAGCGUCCGAAGACGAACCCCGUGGACUCCCGUCUGCCUCCGGUGGACACGCAGAACAGCCUCACUCACGCCUCCUGCGGUCGCACCGAGAUGGAGCCGGAGAGAGGGGAGGAGGAGGAGGACGAGAACAACCAGAACGACCGGCCUGCCGUCAGGAGGAACUGCGAGGUGAAGGAUCUGUCAAACGGACGAACGCACACGGCUGUACGGUGGACGGCUCAAUCACAAAUCAACAGUUCAAGAUUCAGGAGCAUGCACGCACGUGAGAAAAAGGCCACUCAGAUGCUGGCCAUCGUGCUGGGGGUGUUUCUCAUCUGCUGGCUGCCCUUCUUUGUGACCCACAUAGUGAACACCCACUGCAGGACAUGCUACGUGCCUCCUGGGCUUUACAGCGCUUUCACCUGGCUGGGUUACGUCAACAGUGCCCUCAACCCUAUUAUCUACACCACCUUCAACAUCGAGUUCAGACGGGCUUUCAUCAAGAUCCUCAGCUGCUGAGCGACAGGAUAUUAAAAAAUGGAUAUUACUAAGUGUGCUGCACUUAUUGAAAUGGUGAAAACAGAUGGCCACGAUGCAGAUAUUUUUAACCUGCCUUACUCGAGCAGCAAGAAAAAAAAAAAGACGCAAUGCAAUAAAUACAAACACAAAAGGAUUUUUACUUCACUUUUUCCUCAACAGGAAUUUCAUACUUCAAUGGAACAGUAUCAGUCUUAAAAAAACAUACAGUCUUUUUGAUAGCACAAGGUGUUGGACUUUCUUCUCUCAUACAGUAUCUGUGCUGCUCUUUGAAAAAGGGACUAUUCGAUACACAUAUUCGAAAGCUCUUUGGAUCUAGAAAGAUGAAGCUUCAAGACUGAUAAGAUCGCAGAGCUGCGGGCCGCUUUUUCCAAAGGCAGUGUGUGGAUUAACUGAAGUUACUCACCUCCCUCUCUCGCCUCUUACUUCACCAUCAGUUACUCUACAGUGCAUGCACACAUCAGGUUUCAAGGGCGUUCGCUUGGAUUGUGCUAGAAGGAUUGUAUUUGUUCCUAAAAGACACCAUCAUUUUUGAAGAUUGUCAUAUUUUUUGGUGUGGGAGCAUUGUGUUCAAUGUGGAUUCAUUAGAAUACAAAAAAAAAUACAUUGAGAUUUUGAUGUAAUGCUCAUUGGAAAGGUGUUUUUUUAAAGGGAUUGUCGGUUUAUUGGCGAACCCCUCCUGUGAUUUAGAGCUGACGCCAGAGAUGAAGUACUCGAGUCCUGGAGUCCGAGUUGAGUCACGAGUCCCGAAAAUCGGCACUCGCGACUCUGACUCGGACUCGUGAAGUUUCCCCCCAGGUUUGACUCGGACUCGACUUGUACAUUGACACUCCGACUUGGACUCAAACAAGUUUUCUCUGGAGUCUGAUGUCCUCUAUCCUGGCGUGUGCACCUGCGAGGCGAGUUCACGUACUGGGCCCGGCUAUUCCAGUCUAGAGAUGUCUAGAGACACCCCCCGCACAUUCUGC